AUGGAGGAGGGUCGGAUGUUGGGCUAUGAGGCAAAAGGGAGAGUUCGGGCAAGGCUGGUGCAAGCUCGAGGCAGGCCCGAAGGGGUUGUAGGCGUGCUUGUGGGUGCCGACUUAGGAGAGGGCGUGUGCUUGUGUGGGAGAAGGCCGAGGCUGUGGCGUCCAUGUGAGGCUGUUGUAAGGGAGAAGAGUGCUAGUGUGGUAAUGGCCGUAGGUGAGGGGCAAGAGGGCUAUGGUGGAGCUGUGGGUGAGGGGGCUGGUGUGUAG